AUGGCCUUGAGAUAUCUGGCUCUUCUCGUAUUUGGCUUGGCAUGUGAGCCGCGGAGACUCAAAUUCAGUUUUGGUGACGUGUCAUACAGCAGCAAUGGUAUGAGCAACAGUCCGUUUGGCCAGAUAAACAACGUGGUAAAUCAGGCUCAAGGCCAGAUGGUGCAGCCUGGUCAAGUUCAGCAGCAAGGGUCGGGAUUUCAGAAGUUGAGUGAUGACCCUUUCAGCUCGUUCGGAUCAACCCCCAAGCAGCAGGAGGCGAAGGGCUUCGCUCUCACUCCAACGAACGGAGCAACAGUUCUUCAAGGCAUGAUUCACUCUUUCCUCGCGAAUCAACAGCUCCAGCAAGGUGAGCGCCAGUGUCUCAUUGAUGGCACCGGUGCAAUGGGGAGCCAGGCAGCGGCGGUGGCUCAGAACAUUGUCAUGAUUGGCGAGCAGGUUAUGAACGUGCAGAAUGUCGGGCAAGCGCCCGGAAUUCCUGGAAUGCCGGGAACGGCUGGUCAGGUUUCGACGCCGAAGGACGCAGCGAAGAGCAUGAUGGACGACACCGCUAACAUGUUCGACGACAUGUUCGGGGGUGGUGGUGGUGGCGACUCCGGGAACCAGGGUGCCCAACCUGCACCGAACCCGCUCAAUAUGUUCAAAGGCUUCGUGAACCAGGAGCAUGCGCCCGCACCUGCACCAGCGCCUGCGACAAACAUUGGUAGUGUGAAUGAUGCCAUGGCCAUCUUUGGGAUGGCACAGGGGCGACGGCUGCAAAUGGGAAUGGGAAUGGGCAUGGGCGGAAUGGGCGGAAUGGGCAUGCCGGGCAUGCCUGGAGCCGGUGGCGCCGGAGGAGGGACCAUGGACCCGAUGAUGAUGAUGGGGGGAGCAGCCAUGGCAGCGCAGUUGGCCAAGCAGGUGAAGGAGCUUGGUGGUCUGAGCCACAAGGUCAUGCAGAGAUGUCUGAAAGGCGAUGCUCAACAGCUCUUGCACACCGCUGCAGCACGCGCACAGAACCCUGCGUAUAUGCAAAAGGCUAUGGUGGCCAAUGGCCCAAAAGCCCUCGGCCACAUGGCAGAUGCAAUCACUGCGUACCAUGAUGGUAAGCCUGAUCUGUUCGGGACUGCAACUGGCACCGUGAUGCGAGAGUUUCUGCUCAGCGACCCUGACAGCAUCACGCCGGAGGUUCCUCUUCCACCGAAGGAGUCGCUGGCGAAUGUCACGGGUGGCUUCAUGGACGGUUUCUUCGGCCCUGGCAUGAGAGCUACCAUCAGAACGCCGGAGAAGCCAAAUGGCAUCAAGAUUGACCUGAACAAGUGCUUGGGCGACAAUGCUGGAACCUUUCAGAAUAUGGGCCACAUGAUGGGCCUCUACACGAAGGGGGGCAUGCCCCAGACGCAGGCGGAGAAGGAGAAGCUGGCUUCACUGAUCCCGUGGAUGGGAAUGCAGAUGAUGCAGGUGCAGAAGUCGUGCGACCUUAGCGCCGGCGACAUUCAGGCAAUCAAGGAUGCUGUUGCUGGCAUGGGCAAGGGUGUCGACUUCAACCUGCACAUUCCGCAGCCAUCAAACCCACUUGGCAAGUCCGAGGCCAUGAGGGACAUGGCCCAGACGGUGAGCGGCUACCAAAAGUUGAUCACGGACCCGUCUUCUGGCGUCAAAUUUGGGCAGGAGCUUGGCAACAUCGUCCAGAAAGUGGUCGAAACUGGCUUCAAUCAGAAGUACUACGUAGAUAGCGACGGCAACCUGAGACAGCGCCUCGUACAGCUUUCUUCGCAGGGUCAGCUCGCAGGUGCUCAGUCUCUGACCCCGGCACUUUUGGUUCUGGUUGUGGUGCUGCUGCUCCUAGUGCUCGUGGCAGUCAAGAGCCGACGGGCCUUUGCAGGAUGGAAAGAGCACCUCUGCCAGAUGGAAUGUACGGAGUCCGGCGUGACGGACAAGAUGAUCCCCCAUGACCUGGAUUUGGAGGCGAAUGACCAGGAGAUCAAGCCCAUCCUGGACGAGGCUUCUGCAACGCUAUCUGGGCGUCUAACGGGUGUGAUGAAAUCCUUGUGGCAUUUCGGGCACAGACAGACUAACCGCGGUUGA